UUUUCAAGAUGGCGGACGCAGAGGUUGCUUUCACGUCGGACAGUAUGGGGGAUCAUUUUUGUAUUUCUGUGUGGGAUCUUGGCUCUGGUAUGCAGUUGAAGAGUUAUAAAGGAGGUAACUGUUCGCCUCGUGCUUUAAGUCUCCUUGGGAAUCAGUAUGUUAUGGCMGCACAGAUGAAUAAGUCUGUAAUACACGUGUGGAAUGUGGCUAAGGAACAGAUGCAUAUGAAAUUGAUUUGUCCRGGCAAGAUAUCGGCACUUGCCAGUUCACCAGAUGGUCACUACUGYGUGGUCUCUUGUGGAGAGAAAAUAUACAUUUGGCAGGUUGCUACUGGUAACUUGUUGGUCAUACUAACAAGACAUUUCCAGAGAGUUAGCUGUCUGAGGUUCACAGAUACUGGUACUCACUUCUUAUCUGGUGGUGAUGAUAAUCUUGUCAUGACAUGGGACCUCUCACAGGUGUUGUCAAAGAUGUCUUUUYCAUCACAACAAGAGMAGACAGCCACACCAUACYAUACUUGGUCUGACCAUGCACUUCYGGURACAGACAUCCACUGCGGCUGUGGUGGAAUGAUGGCCCAUGUAGUCACCUCAUCUCUUGAUCAAACUUGUAAAUUAUAUAGCCUUGGUUCUGGUCAGCUUCUCUGCUCAUUCGUAUUUGACUGUGGUAUAACAUCAGUAACAACAGAUUCUUCUGAGUUCAAUUUGUUUGCUGGAGGAACCAAUGGUUCCAUAUACCAAGUACAUCUCUAUAAUCCAGCUUUGAAAGAAGAGAACCACUUUGAAAAGGAAACUCCAUUGAUCUUCAGAGGUCAUAAUAAACAAGUCACCAGUCUUGCUGUAUCUAUGGAUGGUGCUCUGCUUCUGUCUGGUUCAACAGACUGCACAGCUCGUACAUGGCAUAUACCAAGUCGGCAAUGUACAAGAACCAUCACUCAUAAAGGUCCAGUUACCAACGCUCAAAUCCUUCUUCGUCCAGCUCAUCUCAAUGAACCAUUGCCCAAGACCUUGUGGCCUGUAAUACAAUCGUUCAAGAGACAUCUCCAGUCUUCAGCAAAAACUAGUGAUUCAGAACAUCCUGGAAAGAGUAUUCCAAUGGUUCUUUGCGACAAAUUAACUGAGACUUCAGAUACAGACGAUAUCGAAGACGAAGUACUAAAAGUCAUAGACGAGUACGGGAUGGUUUCAGACACCAGCACUUCUGCCAGAACAAAGGAACUAAAUACUCCUGAAGAAUUAGUGAAGGAAGUCAACAAACUACAAAAAGUCAACCARGAACUUUAUCAAUUUGCUGUAGAUAGAUUAUUGUGUGAAGUACAAGAGAAUAUGGACCUGCAAACGACUUAAUAUUAGAUAUAUAAAUUCUGAUACUAAUGAAAUUAAAAUCGUAUUGAAUUGCAUUGGGUUACCUGUGGUAGGUUUUGAAAGAUGGGAGUCUUGCAAAGCGAAUGUAAUUUUUUUGUGAUAAUAAAAAUACUAAA